AUUGCUUCCGGCGACGUUGAAAGGCAAGGAACAGCGAACUUUUUCAAUCUUUGCAUUUGAUACGAUCAGGAAAAGAAAAAGUGAUAUGGCAGAUGUUAAUAGAUUGGUGUUCUCUAUAAUACGUUUUCUAGAGGAUCAGAAAACGGCUGCAAAUCUUAGCGAUGAAGGAGUAGAAGGAUUAGAAGUUGCUAUACAGUGUUUAGAGUCUACAUAUUCUGUCAGCACACAAGAUCCACAACAGGUGAAGAAGCUGUCUGUACCCAAAAAUCUAUUGGACAUAUUUAAUUCACAAUUAUCUAGUGAGCCAGAAGCAGAGUUCGAUUCUUUGUCAAUACAUGAACCAACACCAGAAGAGAAAGAAGAGGCAGAGUGUUUGAAAAAUAAAGGAAAUGAGUUCAUGAAGGCAGAGAAAUUUUCAGAUGCUUUGGAAUGUUAUACUCAAGCUUUGAAAUUAGAUAGUCAUAAUUCAGUAUUUUUCUGUAAUAGAGCAGCAGCAUAUAGUAAAUUGAACAAACAUGUAAAAGCUAUAGAAGAUUGUGAAAAGGCAUUAACAAUAGAUCCACAGUAUAGCAAAGCAUACGGUAGGAUGGGUAUAGCAUACACAGCAUUAAAUGACCAUGAAAGUGCACUAGAAUGUUACAGAAAAGCUUUAGAAUUAGAUCCUACUAACCAGUCAUAUCAAAAUAAUUUAGAAAUAGCAGAACAAAAAUUAAAAGAAGAAGCUGCUAAGGCAGGCUUUGGUUUAGGAUCCGGAGGUGGUAUGCCUAUGGAUUUUAGUCAGAUAUUGAAUAACCCACAUGUUAUGGAUAUGGCAACACAAAUGAUGGGUAAUCCACAAAUGCAGCAAAUGAUGUCAAACAUGAUGUCAGGGUUUGGUGGAGUACCUGGGGCAGGAGGAGGUAAUCCAGAGGAAGCAGUAGAAGGGGGUGCACCAGGAGUACCGGGAGGAAUCGGUAAUAUAUUACAAAUUGGCCAGCAAAUGGCUUCACAGAUGCAAGAAAGUAAUCCUGAGCUUGUAGCACAAUUACGACAACAAAUGGGUAGACCACCAAAUAAUCCAGAUGGAAGUAACGAUGCUGACAGCAACCCUGGUUCCCAACAACAAUGAUGUGAUUAACUGUAAAUUGAUGUUUAUUUUGUCGUGAUGGAAUCUGUAGACUGAUUAAAGACGUGAAGGAAGGAAGAAAUUUGUAUAAAAUCGAUCAUUCAACUCUGGGAACCAGAAAAUUUGUCUUUGUAUCUGCCUACACGAAUAUAUAAUGACAUUAAUUUUUUUAACCACUAUGUAUGUUAAUUUUUUUUUUUGGCAUUCAGAUAAAUUAUGAAAAAAUUAUGUAUGGAAAGCUAAGAUAUAAAAAUCAGCUCUUGAACAAAUUUCAUAAAACAUUAUGGUUAUACUUUAGAUUGUUUUUUUAAAAAUAGUGUUCGUAUCAGCUGAGAAUCAUAAUGAUAAAAAAAGAGAAAUAACAACUUCUCUCUUAUUUAAGAAAAUGGUUACCAGUUUAAUAUCAAGUGUAUAUUCUUGCGUCAUUUGAAUAUUACAAAUAAAUUACAAUUGUAUGUGAGAAGCUCAAUGAAUUUAGAUUUGCCUGUUUGAUAAUUAAGUGAUCCAAAUUGACUGAUAUUUAAACAACCAUCUGCAGAUUACUCCAAAUUAGCAGGCUGCAUAUGGUUUGAAAAGGAAGGCAACAGAACCAGUUUUCACAAGUAGCUGUCAUAAUAACCUUAGCAUUUCAUGAAUACAAAGUUCACUUUAAAAAGCAGAGAAUUUAUUGAGUCUUUAACACACACUGAUGUAAUUUAGCUGUAAAAUUGUAUAAUGAUCUGGACUGAUACGUGAAUUGGUAAUUAGUACAUACAGUUUCAUAGAUGAAUAUUUGUAUUCAGUGUUAAAUAUAUUUAUUAAUGAGUUGUUUAUUUUAUUUGUAUAUUAAAUUCAUAUUUAUCAUUUAUAGUUCUACUCAUUACUUUAGGAUGAAGUUCUGCAUAGAGAUAUGCAAAUGUAUAUUCGGAUACUUCUUGAGCUUUGAUUGACUUUCAUUACAAAAGAAUAAUGUCUUUUAGAUUAAAAAUAGGCUGGGAACUUUUAAAGCAACAAGAUUGUUCACGUCUAUGAUGUUAUAUUUCAUUAAUAUAAUGUUGGAACUAAGUUUCUUUAAAAUUCUAUCUUUCACCAUUUAAUUAAAAGAUGACAAAGUGGUUGAUUUCAUGAUUUUAUUUCAAUGUUUUUAUGAUGAAACUUCUGUUUACCUUCAUAAAUUUUUAUUACAACAGUAUGUUAAGAUUUAAACUUAAAUUAUAUUGUUAUUACAUAGCCUGCAGUUACAUGGAGAAUGAGACCAAUUUGUCUUGCCAAUAUAAUAUACAUUUAUGCCAUUUAUGUCAAGUACUAUAUGGAAAUGUUAAUUAAAAAAGUAAUUAUCAUAAAAUCAAUGCUUUCUUGUUGAAUCAGAUAGAAAUAAAAGAUUUCAUUGUCAAACAUUUUUGUUCUGCUCAAAGUUUCCAUUCCUUCUUCAUUCACAGUCAAAUGCAUUGCAAUGCUGAGAUAUUGCUAGACUAUUAUAUUAAGUUCAUCCAACAUAGUAAGUUCGGAAAAUUUGGGAUGGCAAAUAUCUGUCGUUAUGACUUGAAACCAUACCGUAGCUAGGGGGUUUGUCCAAACCCCCCUUGAAAACAAAUAAGCACUGUUAAAGUCAAUGUUCUGUUCAAAUUGUGACUGUUAAAGUUGAGUUUGUGAGCCCUUGGAAAAUCCUGGCUACGGGCCUUGAAACCAUGCUUCAUUCACGUUAUGGCAACACCACCUGCACCCUAGAUCACUCGCCUUAUGAGGCUAAACAAAAUGUAGCUUUGGUUGGGCUACAUAUAGAUAUAAAAUAGGUAUAGAACAUUUGUGAAUUACAUGUAUAUUAAUUGAACUGAUUAAAAAGCAAACAUUUAAGUAUUUAUAAAUUAAUCUUUCAUAAUUUAUUUAUGAAUGAGGACUUUUCUGAAAUUGGAAAUAAAAGGAGGCAUUUAUUAAAUGGAUAUUAUUUUUAACUGGCUGUUCCUGUUGUAACACCUCUAGUGAUAAAUGUCCGUCCACAUUAUUAAUAAAUGUUGUCACAUUACUGAUUUUGGCAAGUCCUUAAUCUAACUAAUACAAAUAUUUAACACUUUAGUUGAUGUUGAUGUUAAAAAUUUAGAAUCCCCCAUUUGCUUUGUCCCGCCCUCUUAAAUUUAUUUUUGCACACAUUUUGUCAAUUAUUUUCGAUAAUACAAGAAAGCCCAAGAAAAGGUGUGGAAAUUUUUUUUGUGAAAAAUAUUUUUUUCAGUCAGCCAUAAUAGUGCUAACAUACAUAGUAAUAUCAUUUCUUUUAUUUGUUUUAAUCCCACCAAUAAUGAGAAUAAAUGGAGAAGUUUUUAUUUUGUGAUGGUGGUAACAAGGAUGCGACAAAUUCAUAGAUUAAAUUGUAUACUUGUACCUGAUUGAAUAAAUUCAUGCUAAGAAAUGAGAUACGUUUUUAAAAAAAGAAAUAACUUUUUAUUGUACAUUUUUGAACUAUUUUGAUCUAAUUCUAAAAUAAAAUAUAGUUUGCAUAUAUGAACAGCAUGCAAUGAAUGACAUAGAAUAUAUUAUAACUAACAGUUUUGAUAAUGUUCAAGUGUAAAGAUUUUGAUUUUCAGUAAUUAUUGCUAAUUUUAAUUCAGUAAUUGAAUAUAUGCAUGAAUUAAGGUUAACCUCUAACGGCCAAAAGUGAUGUGUUCAAAGUUUAUCCUAUAAUGGGUAUACUACUGAUGUAAUUUUUUUAACCAAAAAGAUAGGAUUCAUUUAUUGCAUUGAUAGUAUUGCUUAACUAGCAUCCACAGAUCCAUAUGUUUUGUUUGUACAAGUAACUGUCAGAGCUUUUUAUCAUAACCUCCCUAUUCUGUUAUCACACUACCUGUCUGUAAUAUGAUAAGUUUAUGCUCCAUUAAAACAUUGUUAUUGAUAUCAAUAAACUUGUGAGAUUUAGAAACAAA